AUGGCGAUCAAUCGCAAAAUCAGCGUUGUUGUCGUCGUCAACCACCAGGCUGCGCGAGAGUAUUGGUGCCCACUCAACGAUCCCAAUGCCAGCGCGCAUCCGCACUUAUCCACAGUUUACAUCGAGGGCAAGCCCGGUGCCGAGUUCCAUUUCACUAUCAAGCUCGAGAAGAAGUUCAAAUGGAAUGCAGCAGAUGUCGUCGUUGUCGAUGCUUACAUUGAUGGGAAGGGCGCCGGAGGCGUGCUGCUUCACGAAAAGCGAUCAACGGCCGGAUGGCACUUGGACCGCCGACCUCGACGGAGUGUACAAGGAGAGGCUCGUUCCGGCGAGACGGCUGCGUCGAUCGCGGAUGAGUACGGAGAGGUGGGCGUCCUGCAACUGAACGUCUGUCGUGGCCGUCUCGGACAGCAGAUCCCGGCAAGCAGACUGAAGACGCAGAGGCCCACGGUCAGCGGUCUUAUUCCCGAAGAAGUAUUGCGAGAUGGACAUCGUGAUCUGACCACCGGUUAUAAAGUCGUCCCAACUACUGCGGCGGCAGCUCCUGCUGUGCGUCAAGUUACACGCUUCGACAAACCGAUGGUAUCCCAGUUCAAGUUUAUGUACAAAACCCGACGAGGAUUGAAGAACGCUGGUAUUAUUGAAGACAGUCCUGAUCCGAUCCCGCUCGCCGAUCGAGAUCCUGACACGCUCGGAAGAGAAGAGCUGCUGCAACUGUACAAGAAAUCAUUGGCCGAGAAGCAGGCUCAAGAACCGCCAAAGGUCAUCAAACGAGAGCUUGAUGCCGCUGAUGAUGUUCACGAUACUCAGAGACCGCGAAAGGCAAUCAAACGAGAGCUAGAUGCGACUGACAGUCUUCGGCACACUCAGGGACCGCGAAAGGCAGUGAAAAGAGAGCUUGACACCUCUGGCAAUGACCAGAGUGCUCAGGACGAUUCUGGCAGCGAUGGAUUUGAGAUCAUCGCGCCCCCUUCUCCGAAGAGGCGGAAGAUUUUCGUCAUCGACUGA